AUGACCAACAAUGAUUCCUUCCGAGCUGAACUUCGCAGUACCAAGGUGCUUGAAGGCCCAUUCCCAGAUCUAGAUUUCGACGCAUUCCCAGAAACCCCGCACGAUGCUUUCAAGCUGUGGUUCCAUGAGGCAGUCACCGCAGGAGUGAAGGAACCGCAUGCCAUGACCCUCUCCACAGUCGACGAAAGUGGAAGCCCCGAUGCCCGAGUGCUAAUUUUGAAAAACAUCGACGCCCGGGGCUGGCAUUUUGCAGUGAAAGCCGACAGUCCGAAGGGAAAACAAUUGCAAAAAGAUGGACGUGCCGCUUUGACGUUCUACUGGCCGCAAGUUGCCCGACAGAUUCGUCUGAAAGGAAAGGCUAUGGCUUUGUCCGACGAGGAAAGUGCUCUUGACUACCAAUCUCGUCCUCUGGCUUCCAGGAUCAGCGCCGUGGCCUCGAACCAAAGCGAGGUUCUUUCAGGCCGGGAUGCGUUAAUUCGGAACCUUGCUGAAACAGAGGCAAAGAUGGCGGAGAACCCACUCAGGGGCGUGGAGAAAUGGAGAGUCUACGCUCUCUUGCCUGAUGCUGUUGAGUUCUGGCAAGGAAGCGAUACUCGUCUUCAUCAGCGUCUUCAGUAUGUGUACAAGGCGGAUGAGGAUAAGUGGCACAGGAACUUGCUUUGGCCUUGA